AACGCGUGUGUUUAAAUGUUCGGAGGGGGAAGACAGGAGAAUCGUCGAUCAUCGGAGGGGAUGCGCACGGCUUUUGGCCAUAACCUUUGGGCAAGGGUACGACCGACUACGCGCGUGUCCCGACUUCCCUUCCCGGCACGUGCUCGUCACCUUUAAAUGCGUACGCCUAGGCCCAUUCGCUGUUAGUACAACGAUCGAAAAGCACCGGAUUCGAUUAUGUGAACCGUUGACCGUUUUCCACUCUACUUAUUUUUUUUUUUUUUCGUCGUUAUUGAAAUUAUUUCUUUCCAGAACGUACUCGUCUAAUUUUUUUUUUUUUUUGAUUUCAUUUAAUUUUUAACAAUAACAAAUAAUCCUUGGCCAUGGGGUGUGGAGGUUCAACGAUGCCCAUGCCCAUGCCAAACGAGGAGCUGAGCAAGUUGAGACUGGAAAUACCAUCACCUAUAGCAUUUAGCGUUCCGCUGACCGAAGAGGAAGAAAGUCUCGUGAAGAGACACCCGCCAAAGAGAUUUAGGAUGUUGGAAGGACAAAAAUCUCCACCGCUGACCAGCGAAGCACUGCAAGAGAAAUUGGCAGAGGCUGAACAGAGACGCCAACAGAUCCUAAACCAGAGGAUAGAGUCAGCCAAGACUCUGAUGAGACCCAGGUACAACAGCACCACCAACCAAGUAAAUGUUGACGAGAAGCUGACGGAGGACGAAGAAGUAAAGGACGAAGAGUCUUAAAACAUAACGUUUUUCUAAUACAAAUUUGAUCGGAUUAAAAAAUAAUAUCGUUAUUCUUUUAUUAAUUAUGUAUUUUUAUUACUAUAGUAGUUUAUAUUUUCGAGUACACUUUAAGCGGUGUUCCGUUCUGUAUUAUAUUGUACAAAGAAGUUUACGUAAACUACAAACAUAUUCAGUUCCUUUGCCGUGGAUACUGCUCGUAGAUUGUCAUAGUCCUUCCAACAUUCUCACAUCCUCAGUUCUCUUCAGCAUUUGAUUUUCAAACGCAUUUUUUUCAGUCGAGUUAACAUAUCUGACUCCUCAAUUUCCACAGUGUACAUCUAAGAAGUUAUAUAUAAGAAGGAAAUACUAAUAAUUUAAGACCAAUUUUAUUGAAUUCCAAAUAAUAAUAACAGUUUUAACAACCGAUUGCGGGGACGGAACUAGGUGGUGGAAAACAGGGAUUCAUCUCCGGGCGUAAAAUUUUAGAGGGUGUAAUUUUUGUAAUUAUUAACAACUGAUUUGAUAUUUUUUACUUUGUUAAAU